AUAUAACUUAACAAAUAAUGAUGCUCAUACAAGUUCUCAUUGCCACUUUGUGCGUCCUGCCAUUGGCCUCCUCCUUCUACAUCGGUCAGUCAUUUUUAGAACUCUGUGGUCAUUUUUACAAUGUACUCAAAUGAACUCUGUUCAAAAAGUUAUACAAAACUUUAGAUAUUUUUAUUUAAUUUCUGUACAUUUCAAACACAUUUUUAACUUAAAGUUUUUAUUUUUUUUAAUCGGUUUAUUUUACUGUUGAUCGGCCAGCGCCUAGUUAGUCAGUAGUGUUCAAAUAGCAGAUUUAAUUUUCUAGAUUGCAACCAUAAAAAUAAAAAUUAAGAGCUUUUGAUUUAAAUUACUAUAUGGUAUAUUUAGGUCAUGACUUUGACACACCCGAUCAGAAAGUUCUCAGAAGAAACGCCUUUGGUCAGGUCCAAGCAUUUGAUGGUGAGUUGUCAUGUAUGCGAACAAGUAUUUGAAGAAAAAAAAAGAUAGAAAUUAAUGAUGGUGAGUUGUCAUGUAUGGGAACAAGUCUUUGCUAGUGAUAGAAAUUAAUGUGAUGUAAUAUCCAUGUACUCAGAAGGUUAAAACACAUUUGACUCUGUACAUUGGGCACUUGGGAAAAUUCUUAACACCAUGAUUUUAAUAGCACGCCCAGUACUGAAGUGUCCAGACGGUCAGUGUCAGUCCUGGGGAAAUUAUGUAUUCUGAAGAAGAGGCAAAUUUCAGAAAGUGUUUGAAAAGAAAAUGUAAACAAAAUUAAACUAUGAAAUGUGUGUCUCUCUUACUUUCAAUGACUGUGUGUUUAACCCUCGCAGUCUCCCACGAACGCCGUCUGGUCUCCAAUGGUUACGGUGGUUUGAGCCAAAUCAAUGUUGUGGGUAAGUUAAAAACACGACACAAACUACACACACACACAUACAGACUUAAGAAUUGUCUAUUUUGGAAGACCAUUCUUCUAUCGUAUAUACUUGGAUCAAAACUUAUUUAAGUCAAAAUGUUAAAAAAUCUAGAUAUUAACUGAUGACGUCAUAAGCCUGUUUUUCGGUCCCGCUGGUGCUAACCUCUUUACAAAAUAUUUCAGAAUAUUCAGACCCUGACACCUACCACCCAGUAGGUAAGUGGAGUUCAUUGUCUAAUUGAUCACGUGAUUUUUAAAAAAAAAUCAAUGUUUUUUUUACUUUGCAUGUCUUUGGGUAUUGAAUUUUGAAAUGGUGGUGGUUAGAUUGUGUCGAUAGAGCUCAGAGAUUAAAAAAAAAUAAUUAUUAAUUGUGCAACAGACAAAAAAAAAAAAAUCAGGUUUCUUUAAAAAUAAAUUUUUCGUAAAAUUUCUAGAUCCCUAACUUUUUAAAGGAACAAUUAAUCUGUGUUUGAAAUACGGCUAAGAGNGCCAAGACAUACCGGCCCUUAUUUCACGAGUCACUUGCACCCUGGCCUAGACAUAGUGGCCCUUAUUUCACGAGUCACUUGCACCAUGUCCUAGACAUAGAGGCCCUUAUUUCACGAUUCACUUGCACCCUGGCCUAGACAUAGGGGCCCUUAUUUCACGAGUCACUUGCACCCUCGCCUAGACAUAGAGGCCCUUAUUUCACGAUUCACUUGCACCCUGGCCUAGACAUAGGGGCCCUUAUUUCACGAGUCAUUUGCACCCUGGCCUAGACAUAGGGGCCGUUAUUUCCAAUUUUUCUGUUAGGAAGUCCAGGAAAGCCCACUUUUAGGUUAGACUAAUAUUACUAUAAUAACUGAUGUCAGAUGUGUAUUCAUUGCUGUAGUCGGAGAACAACAUAUUUUCAUUAACAGGGAACCUGUUUGCUUUAUACCAGGCCUGCACAACUCAGAAAGGCAGGCCGUAAUACUUUAUGAAAAUCGUGUGCGGGCCAAAAGAAAAUAGGACAGUUGGAGGGGGGGGGGGGGGGGAAUUAAGAAAACAUUGAUAAAAAAGAAAAUUUCGUUUAUAUAUAUAUAUGGGCUUUUAAAAAAUCAUAUCAAUUUCAUUGGAACGAGCUUCCGUGGCGAACUUUUUAAAGGGACUUGCGAGCUUUAGCGACUUUCGAAGUUGUAGGCCCUAAUACCCAGACAUGGCAAUGAUAGUUGGUAGUUAUUUCUCCUUGGCGCAAAAGAAUGGGGUGGGCAAAGGGGUGGGCAAUUGAUUGGCUAUUUGAUGUUUGAAAAUAUCUGAAGAAAGUUCUGUAACGUACAUACAUCUAACAUAUUAUUUGCAACAAUAUACACAUACACAUGUAAUGAGAUGCUAAUCAUUCGUAUUAUUAUUGGAGAUACAAAUUUUACUUCCAGGUCCUGCUAUCUUCCCUCAUCCCAUUGGACUCCCCAAUCGGCCUGUCUACCCUGGACCAAUGCCGUUGCCGUACCACCCUGGGGUUCCCUUCCCCCCACGUUACUGUGAGUAGUUUUCUUGUGCUCUUGGACGCGAACUCUUCGGGCCCACAUCACUGACAACUGACAUCGCCAUUGUUGCUGUGCGGGAUCUGAAACAUAGUUCAGAAAUGCGGAGGGAAUUUGAAAUGUAUAAAACAUAUAAUAUAUGAUAUAACGACCUGGGUUCUCUGAACUGGUAUAACAUAAGGACCUGGUUUCUCUGUACUUGUCUGCUCCACCAAAAAAGACACCAACAGUAACUUCUAUAUUCUCACUAUCAGAGCUAAAUAAAUUACCCUAAAAUAAAAUUUUAAAAAUUUUCAAGACGUUUGAUAAUCUCAUAUGGUGUGUCAAACCACCCCCCCCCCCCAAGAAAAACAAUGCAAAAACUUCAUUGGUUUAUCUUCCGCCGGAAAAGUAGUUCCCUAUUUCAGAUUUAGCUAGACACAUUCCACAGAGGCGUAGAACAGAGCUACCAAAACUUUUCUGUUUGGAGAACAGGUGGACAAGUUUGGAAUUUGCACCAGGAACCGCUGACAGAUUUACUGAUCAUAUUUUAUUUAAAUUUGACCAUAAAUAUACAUAUUAUGCGGACCGGCAACGUAAAGCUCGCGGAGGACCGGUGCCGGUCCGUGGACAACUAUUUGAGGUACACUGGCGUAAGGUCAAUGACGCAGACGAGUCACUUCCACCCUAGCCUAGACAUAGAGACCCUUAUUUCACGAGUCACUUGCACCCUGGCCUAGACAUAGGGGCCCUUAUUUCACGAGUCACUUGCACCCUAGCCUAGACAUAGAGGCCCUUAUUUCACGAGUCACUUGCACCCUGGCCUAGACAUAGGGGCCCUUAUUUCACGAGUCACUUGCACCCUGGCCUAGACAUAGAGGCCCUUAUUUCACGAGUCACUUGCACCCUGGCCUAGACAUAGGGGCCCUUAUUUCACGAGUCACUUGCACCCUGGCCAAGACAUACCGGCCCUUAUUUCACGAGUCACUUGCACCCUGGCCUAGACAUAGUGGCCCUUAUUUCACGAGUCACUUGCACCCUGGCCUAGACAUAGAGGCCCUUAUUUCACGAGUCACUUGCACCCUGGCCUAGACAUAGGGGCCCUUAUUUCACGAGUCACUUGCACCCUGGCCUAGACAUAGAGGCCCUUAUUUCACGAGUCACUUGCACCCUGGCCUAGACAUAGGGGCCCUUAUUUCACGAGUCACUUGCACCCUGGCCAAGACAUACCGGCCCUUAUUUCACGAGUCACUUGCACCCUGGCCUAGACAUAGUGGCCCUUAUUUCACGAGUCACUUGCACCCUGGCCUAGACAUAGAGGCCCUUAUUUCACGAGUCACUUGCACCCUGGCCUAGACAUAGGGGCCCUUAUUUCACGAGUCACUUGCACCCUGGCCAAGACAUACCGGCCCUUAUUUCACGAGUCACUUGCACCCUGGCCUAGACAUAGUGGCCCUUAUUUCACGAGUCACUUGCACCCUCGCCUAGACAUAGAGGCCCUUAUUUCACGAUUCACUUGCACCCUGGCCUAGACAUAGGGGCCCUUAUUUCACGAGUCAUUUGCACCCUGGCCUAGACAUAGGGGCCGUUAUUUCCAAUUUUUCUGUUAGGAAGUCCAGGAAAGCCCACUUUUAGGUUAGACUAAUAUUACUAUAAUAACUGAUGUCAGAUGUGUAUUCAUUGCUGUAGUCGGAGAACAACAUAUUUUCAUUAACAGGGAACCUGUUUGCUUUAUACCAGGCCUGCACAACUCAGAAAGGCAGGCCGUAAUACUUUAUGAAAAUCGUGUGCGGGCCAAAAGAAAAUAGGACAGUUGGAGGGGGGGGGGGGAGGGUAUUAAGAAAAUAUUGAUAAAAAAGAAUAUUUCGUUACUUCGCGACCACAAGGUGAGUGCUGGCGGGUCGCGUAUGUUGUGCAGGCCUGCUUUAUACUUAUUACACUGUUGUUCAUCUUUCACAAGCAGACACAACAGGGGCGAUAUGUGGAGGCAGGGGUGCAACAAUAACACAGCCCCGGGGAGCUUCUAAGGGAAUGGGGUCUAGCCUUCUAGCCUGCCAUGGAACCCGGGCCAAGGACUGGGUCCGUCCUGCCCAAUGGAAUCUAACAUUGCUUUCCAAAGCCCAUCUGUUUCCGCUUUCAUCGGACAGAAAUGCGCUUUGUGACGUAAUUUAGGCGACAAAUUCGGACUUAAGGUGUAAUAGUUGGUCUUUCUUUGGGGAUAUGUAGCUAAUAGAUUGUUUCAAUAAAUUUUCUUUCCAACCCCAGAUCUACAUUAAUGAAGUAAGCCAUUCGACUGCAUGAGGGUGAGCCAUGUGACUGCAUGAGGGUGAGCCAUGUGACUGCCUGAGGGUGAGCCAUGUGACUGCUUGAGGGUGAGCCAUGUAGAGCUCCAUAACAUCCUCUGCUCGACACCAUCCAUGUGGAUAAGGAUAGAGGGAAAACAAUUCUCAUUAAUAUAUUUGAAUACAUA